AUGACAGCCCUGUUUGACAUCUCCGCGCUCGCCGCGCACACGAGGAGCGGAGCGUCCAGCCUGGAUUUCAGGAGCUCGGCAGUACACGGACCGGAGCAGGAUUCCGCCGUCACCGACGCCGCCAGUGCUGCUGAUAGCGGCAGCGCCGGCGAAGGAAACCGGGGCGAUAGCAGCGUAGUGCAGGUGAGGCUGUUUGGGUUGGGAAGCGCGGUUAUGGUGGGCGUCAGGAAGGGCGAGACGGGCGUGGCCAGGGACAGGGUCGCCGCGGCCGCCCCGCUGGCGCUCGCGGAGACGGAAGGGGGGCGGGUGGGCGGGUGGGGGCGGGUGCUCGCGUUCAAGGAGGAGCGGGACGGCCGAGAGGGGCGGUGGUUCCCUUGGUUCAGCCGCCGCCGCCGCCGGCCCCCGUUUCUUCCCGAGGACGGCAACGGACGCCGACCCCAAUCGUUGAUGUUUGGACUAGAUGCUCUACGGUUGUGUUUUUUCAGGACUAGUCUACGCGGUGGAUGAAUUACUCGAGUCAGACGUACAGCAAACGCCAUUUGAGCGUCUAGAUGCCGAUAUGCAUCUCAGGAAUUGCAUGUU